AUGGGCCCUACAGUCGCUAUCUUGCUUUCCAUUGGGCUGGGUCUGAACUGGGUGAUGAGGGCACAGAUGGCCACUCUGCCCAGGCCCACCCUCUGGGCUCUACCAAGUCCCGUGGUCCCCAAGGGAGCAGAUGUGACCCUCAGGUGCCAGGGCCACCUGGGGAGUGACAGGUUCCAGCUGUGGAAGGAUGGAGAGCUCAGAGAAGAGAGACAUGCAUCCUGGCAGCUGGCAGAGUUUGUGCUCAGGAAGGUGGAUGAUGUGAGGGAUGCGAGAAGCUACAGCUGCUGCUCCGGGCAAGGGCCCUGGUGGUCAGAGCUCAGUGAACCCUUGGUCCUGGUGGUGACAGACCUAUUCCCCAAGCCGACUGUGUGGGUCCAUCCUGGCCUUGUGGUGGCCCCAGGGGCCAACCUCACCCUCUGGUGCUCAAGGCCAAAGCUCUCUGCCAUUGAAGAGGUGACUUUCUCUCUGUGGAAGGCUGGGACCCAGGAGCCCUUACAGCAGAAGAGAUCAGCAGAGCCCUGGACUAGCUUCCUUCUCCCUUCUGUGAGACCUGAGAGCGCUGGGAGCUACAGCUGCACUUACAGGGACGAGAGAGCCUCUGCUACAAGAUCAGAGUCCAGUGAUGCCUUGGAGCUGGUGGUGACAGGAUCUCUGCCCAAGCCUUCCCUCUCAGCCCUCCCAGGCCUUAUUGUAGAGCCCGGGACACAUGUGACUCUCCAGUGCCGGCAGCCCCUUCAGUCAUCUCUUUGGAGGGUGACAUUCAUUCUGCUGAAGGUGGGAACACCCCAGCCUUUGCAGAUCCAGAGCCCAGCUGGGACCUCAGCUGACUUUCCCCUCCUCUCUGUGAGGGCCCAGGAUACUGGUAACUACAGCUGUGUCUACUAUGGGAGGAUGGCUCCAAACCAGGUGUCUGAACCCAGUGAGAUAUUAGAGAUCUGGGUGACAGAUGUACUUCCCAAGCCUUCCCUCUCAGCCUGGCCUCGCCUAGAGAUAGCUUCAGGAGCCAACAUGAUGCUGCUGUGCUGGGGACCCUUGUGGGCUACUAGAUUUGUUUUGUGGAAAGAGGGAGAUGAGACAAUCCUUCAGACCGUGGAUACCACUCAAGAUGGGGCCCAAUUCUCCUUGUCUUAUGUGAUCCCUGAGCAUUCUGGCUCUUACCGCUGUAGCUACCAGCUUGACACCAAUGGAAGUGUCUGGACACAACACAGUGAGCCCCUGGAGCUUAUAGUGAGAGUUUCAGAACCCAGGUACACUCUCAUCGUCACCCUCAGCUGUGUUGCCUUCCUCUGCCUCCUCCUCUGCCUCCUCCUGCUGGAAUUCUUCUGCCAUGGAUCCAUCCCUGUGGGUCCCCACCUCUGAGGAGCCAUGAUGUCUGUUGGGGAUGUCCACUUUGGUUGUAUUGGU